AUCACCUCAUCGCCCGGGUCGUCUUAUCUCACCUUUUAAAGGCGUUGCCUGUAGUUGUCCUCUUCGAAUUUAUGUGCAAUUCUAAUUGUUUUUGUUUUUUUGAAAAUCCGAGUCGUGCCUACAAUUCUAUCCCUGCGACUGUCGCUUUGUUGAGACAUGUUACCUGUCAAACAACCUUUUAUGGAAGUGGAAUGCUAUCGUUCAUACAUUGAUGAUCUGUAUUCAAGCGACAUGGAGAAGUGUUUGGAAGCAAUUGUAUGUCUCAAAAAUUCUGUUAUCGGUAGUAACAGACAGAAAAGUUCAGUGUUGUCACAAGGAGUAGUGCCCAGGCUAAUGCAGUUGUUAGGCGACUGCUCUGUGCCAGUGGAAAUGAAGACUGAAGCAACUGUCACGUUAGGGUCUCUUGCCAAGGGCACUGACCACCAUGUUCAAUCUUUAAUUGAUCUUGGCAUUGUUCCUUUAUUAUUAAAUGGAAUUACCAGUAAUGACCAGAAGUACACUGAGGCUACAUUAAGAUGUUUGAGCACAAUCUUUCAGUCACCAGGUGCUCCUGUAUCACUCAUAUUUAUGGACUCUAUUAUAGUACCAUGUUUACUGAACCUUACUACUCAAAGCGUCACUUGCCAAGUGUGUGUUCCGUCUAUUCUGGCUGCUGCUUGCAAGACUCCAGAUCAACAAGCCUUUCUCAUUCAUGAGGGGGCUGUGCCGGUGUUAGCUCAGCUUCUUUGUUCAACUCAAUCACUUGUUCAAAUGCAUGCAUUGACUUGUCUGGCCAGCCUUUGCUAUCAAAACCCCACAGUGGCUGAACGAGUUGCACAAGCAAGGUGCCUUGAAAUUCAGGAGCCUUGUUUUGUUGAUAAGUCAAUGCCUGACUUGCUAUUUAUGUUAAUGGCCCAAGACCGUCCAAGUGAGAUGCAACUUGCUGCAGCCAGAUGCAUCACAUUCCUUCACAGAGCAGGAGCUUUCACUGCAGAGGAUCCUAAGAUUCUAUAUCGUACUUUGCCAUGUCUAGUAAGACUUUGCAAAAAGGAUCGCCCUCCUCUUCAACGAGCUCAAGCAGCUGAGACAUUAGCCUACCUCACAGAAGUGGAUAUUGAGCUGCAAAGAACUGCGUCGAUUUCAAAUCACUUAAUUUUAACACUCUCUGAACUUUUAAAAUAUCAGCCAAGGAUAGGUUCUAAAACCCCCAUGAUCACUGUAGAACAGGAAAUAAAAAUAUCAACAGAAAUGAGACAAGCUGCUUUUCGGGCGUUUGCUUCCUUAGGUGCGAAUGAUGAAGAUAUUCGUAAAAAGAUUAUUGAAACUGACAAUCUGAUGGAACAUAUUGUUAGUGGUUUGCAAGAUCACAGUCCCAAAGUACGCUUGUCUGCUAUUAGAUGUUUGCAUUCUCUGUCACGAUCUGUUCAGCAGCUAAGAACGACCUUUCAGCGCUCCUUCUGUUCAAAGGAUCAUUCUGUGUGGAGGCCUCUGAUGACACUUCUCCAAGGAGCAUCGGACGACAUUUUAACAGUUGCAUCCUCAACUCUGUGCAACCUCCUCCUUGAAUUUUCACCCUCUAAAGAGCCCAUUUUAGAAUCAGGGGCUGUUGACAUGCUUUGUGGGUUGACUCGGAGGAAAGAUCCUGCUUUAAGACUUAAUGGAAUUUGGGCUCUUAUGAAUAUGGCCUUCCAAGCUGAACAAAAAAUCAAGUCACAAAUUUUAAACACUUUAGGGACAGACCAGAUGUUUAGGUUACUCUCUGAUACUGAGGUAGAUGUAUUGAUGAAAACACUAGGUUUACUCAGAAACUUACUUUCCACCAAAAGUCAUAUUGAUUACAUAAUGAACCUCCAUGGCAACCAAAUUAUGCAAGCUGUGGUGCUUAUCCUUGAGGGCAAUCAUUCUGCAGAGGUGAAAGAGCAGGCAUUGUGUAUAUUAGCAAAUAUUGGCGAUGGUGACACUGCAAAGGAAUUCAUUAUGUCAAAUGAAGAUGUCUUAAAAAAAUUACAAGAUUACAUGGCUCAUUCAAAUGUAAAACUACAAGUAGCAGCUAUAUUUUGUAUUUCAAAUUUAGUAUGGAGAGAAGAAACUGGUGCCAUUGAACGACAAGCAAGACUGAAAGAAAUGGGAGUAUACAAGCAGCUACAACAACUUAUAAUGACAACAGAUACACUAUUGUUUGACAAGGUGAAGACAGCCAUGACCCAGUUUUCAGAGGCAUGACCAUGGAAACACUAAGCUCCACAAGUUGUGCAAGUGAACAAAUAAAUGACAUCCUUUGGAGCUUAUCCUUAAAACUAUUCAUCUGAGCAUACAUGAUUAAAUGUGUUGGGCCUCAUGGUUAGCUGUAUAUUUCGUGUACAUAUGAAUUGAAGAGAUUUUAUGAUGACCUUGUUUGAAAUUAUGCAGCAUUAUUGUAUUUUAUGUAUUUUAAAGGAAGGUUCACAGAGUACAAAGAAAAGUGUAUAAAUGUAUUAUAGCUACUGUUGCAAGUUGUUAAAGCUGGUGUUUGUAAAGUCAACUUCAGCCUGUUGUUGAUAUCUAAGUUUGUUAUAUAUGUAACUAAUCAUUUCUGUAAACAAGGAAAAAAGAAAAAAAAAAGCAAUAAGGAGAUGGUGUUAGGCUAUAAGAAAGGAUGUGUCUUUGACAUCCUGAAAGUCAGUUCAGAAACUCGGUGAUGUAAAUGUAGGUAACAGUUAGUGGGUAUAGAUGACCUAACAAAACAGGAGAUUGUCUUCAACCAGUCUUGUCUCAUGCUUUGCUACUUAUUGGAAACUGUUUUUCUUUCCUCUUAUUUUCAAUGUCAAAUUCACCGUACUUUGAGAAAUGUAAUUUGGUGACUGCAUUUGCUUUUGGUAGCAUGCUGAGUGGUGUUACUGUAGGCAAUACUUCAAAAAAGUAACUAAUGACAUUUUAUAAACUAAUUUAAUCUUUUGUAUUAAAAUCAUAAUGCAUUACAUUAACUUUUUCAUCAAUUAUGUACCACCAAUAAUUCUAGAGUUUGAGAACUGAAAGUGACAGGCAACUCCUCAUCCUUGUGAGAGGAUACUUAUACUUUACUAUACCUUUCUAUUGUGACUGGCAGUUGCAGUAGCAGUCAAUGUUAUUAAAACUGUUAUUUUUUGUGUACCACUCAGUGAGUGCCUCAAAACCCCCAGCCCCUUUAUUGUUAGUUGUUAAUCCCCCAACCCCAACUCUUUCAAACUGGUGCUUAAAUUUGUGAUUACAGUUCUAUUGAUGCCUUUGUAAGUCUUAGUUAAUCAUUGACUUAGUCAGCGAGAUCCUAAGAAAUUGACCAUUGCCUUCUGCUACAAUAUUAUGAACAAAUCUUUACAAUGCAAACACUUGUAUUUUUUGUGUUGGUAUGAUGAGAGAUAAUUAAUGGAACUGUUUUAUCAGUAAUUGCAUUAACCAUUAUGUCAGUUUGUUUUCUUCUUGAAAAUGUAACAAACACUGUAGUUUUUAAUAAUCAUGAUGGUGUAAUUUUUUAUGUUCCCAGCUCUAGGAAUUAUAUUUUUUAAACUGGCUUUGCGUUAUACGCAGUAGCUGAAUUCAAUUGCUCUCUUGUUUCCUAAAAUUACCUGGAAUUUUCAGGUUCAUCCCUGUUUUCAGUGACCUAGUUUCUGUCAUUUUCUUGUGAGCACCUAAUACCUGGUAUCACAAAAUACCAGGACUUAGCUUCUUUGCAUCUAUUUAAGUAUUUUUAUUAUCAACCUGUAAACUUAUUUGCUGCAUUGCCCUGAUCAUAAUUUUUCAUGAGCAGAAUCUCAGACCCAGAUCUUAAUUUGUUCCAUCUGCUUUCAUUCCCAAUCCCUUUUCUUUUUCUUUUUAAAAAUAAAAUGAAAAUUUGUCCUGAA